AACUAAAACAAAGAAAAUAACGCUGAUUUGGUGACAAUAAUGAAUAUCUAGAAGAUAUACUUGAUCGAUUAAUUGGCACUAAUAAAGAAUAAUAAUAAUAAUAAUAAUAAUAAUAAUAAUAAUAAUAAUAAUAAUAAUAAUAAUAAUAAUAAUAAUAAUAAUAAUAGUAAAAGAAAAGAAAAGAAUAAAAUAAAAUAAAAACAAACGAAACCAAAUAGAAAAUGAGAUCGAUACAAUUGAUGAUCUAUAUAAUCAUUACUCUUCAUUUGAUUUUAGCCGUUACUCUUUUACAUUACCAGGCAAAGAAUUCUCCAUUAAGAAGGAUUUUUAAUAAAACGACGACCUCUGUCUACUUUUUCCCGAAUUUAAAUACAUCAUUCUCGUUAACCAUAUCAAGAAGGAAACGAGAAGACGACGAGAUCGAUGAUUUAUUAACGAGACACUCGAAGAAUCAUAAGCGACAUUGCAAAAAUAAUUCCACGUGUUCUCAUAUUGAAACACCGGAACAGAUAUUCCAACAGGAUAACGAUUACGAAAGUGAGGAAUCACGUUUAAUGACAAAGACCCGAGCGUCAAAUGAAAAAGAUGAAAAUAUUAAUACGCAAUUAGAAGAUAUCGAUAUAUAUAACAAUGGAUCGUCGAUUAUCGAUGGAUAUGUCGAGGAUAAGGAUAAAGAUACAAUCGGCGAUUACGACGACAAUAGAGAUUUUUCUUCUAUUUAUAAAACUUCGGAUGAUUUUUCCGGCAUGUUGACGAAUCUUUUUCAAGCCUUACUAAAUACAUCGCUUGAGACCGAUCACAAUAACUUUAAGGAAUUGCAUUUUGUCAGAGAAAAAUUUGACACAGACCCAUGUCAAAAGUGGUUAAAUAAUGAAGACAAACUCGAGGCGGCAUUUUUGGGACACCUCGUUGUUCUUCCUGCCUGUCCGUGCAAAUAUCCGAACAUUAUCUUCUACGAUAACAAUUUAUGGGACGAAAAACAAAAGAAGCACUAUCGUUGGCGCGACGUAAGCAGCGCAUCCUACCGAUUGGAUGUUUACAAGCCAGGGGCGGCCUAUUGCGUGCGUACUCUAUUGGCUACGGGAAGCGGAAGUGCACAACAUUGUUGCUACGAUAGUGACAGAAACCUGAUAACACGUGGUUCCGGCGCGGGGACACCGUAUUUUGUUAGUCCAGAUAUAUCUUUGAUUCUUCAUGAGAAAAUAGACAUUUUACCUUGGCGUCUUUGUAAAGGAGACUUUUCUAGUACAUGUGUACGUUGUUUAGAUUUAACAAAGUGAGGCCACCGAACAACGAUAAUGGUUGUAAUGAAAAUCCAGACAACGAGGAGUAUCAACGACAAAUAAACAGUACGAAAUAUUAUUGAAGAACUCUAGUUUUCAUUCAUGAAUAUAGGACGAAGCGAAAGUGUUAAAUUGUAACAAAUAGUGUUUUUGUAUUUGAAAUAUUAAUUAUGAUUGUGCGGAAUUUUAUUU